AUGGAAAAACCUGUAGAACCAAAUAAAGAAGACUGUUGCAACAGCGGUUGCAAUCCUUGUAUAUUUGAUAUUUAUGAGAAACAAUUAAAGAUAUAUGAACAAUAUUUACAAAAUGGAAAGUACAAUCCUGCCAAAGACAAUGAAGAAAGGUACAAGAUAGUAAAAGAGUUUGGUGGAACCCUGGUGAUCAUUUGCUUUAUAAAUAUAUUUCAAGUAAUAAAUCAUGUACACGAGCAUACACACCAAUAA